GAUUAUCAGGUGCGAAUGGUUUUUGAUGCCAGUUUGGGUUAUGAUCCAGAUGAGUGGGAAGAAUGUCCGCCGAAAGAACAGUUCAUGGUAUUCUCGUUUUUCACAAGGAUAUUACUAAGCUCAGCUGCUAUACUGUUUCUGGUACUUUUCUUCCAUAUGUUAGAGAAAAACAAGGAGAAGGAGGAAAAGAAAGAGAAGAAAUUCAAAAAAGGAGAAGAGAACGAUGUCGCAGAACCGGUGAAGCACAGCGCUGAUCUUUUGAAAGAAGCUGAAGAAUAUAUGGGUGGAUUCGUCAUCAAGGCAAAAGAAACGCUGAGUGAUGCAGCUGUGCAACUAAAGCAACAUCUGCCUCAAGAAUUGUUCCACGGUCAUGAUUCACGGCAAACGUUUGCGCAAUACACCGAAGAGCCACGGCGCAGAGCAGAGGAGGCGGAACGUUUGCUCAAAACCAAAGCGGAACCUACGUAUACACCUGAGCCACUCAGGGCAGGGCAAGGAUUCUUCACUGAUUCUCAGCCCCAAGAGCAGUUCAGGAAUCAAUCUUCGGAGGCGCCAAGCCAAUUCUCUCAACCAAAGGAACCACCAACAAGGAAAAUAAGCAAAGAGGAUCAAGAGGCAUUGCGACUUUGGGAGCUAGAACGUGAGCGUUUGGAAGAAGAGCGAUUAGCAAAGUUGCAGGACCACGAGGCUGGUGGAGAGGAAUCUGAACUAACCUCAACGGGAAUGCUACCUGCUUCGCAUAUUUCAUACGAUGCUGGAUCUAUGCAAGAGGGAGAACAAAAAAUUAGAAGAAAACUUCCGAACACUUUACCUCCGCAGAACGACGAGAAUAUGCUUGAAAAGAGAUUAAUGGCACAGAUCGGGCAGAUCGCCGAGGCUUCUCCAAAUGUUAAAAGAGAAAGCUACCGCGACUCUGAACUGACUGACUACGACAUCAGUGACUUUCAUGGGAACGAGCAAGCAGUUGGAUACGCUCCUGCAUCAACCUUUGCUCGAUUUGCGAAUACAGAACAGACUGAGCACACAAAACCCACACCAGCACCCAUUACUUCCGCUGAUCGGAACACAACUGGUGAUAGCGACGACUUUGUUAAGGUGAAUGUGGAUCCGAUCUAUGACAUGCCUCCCAACAAUGAAAAAGGUAUGAGCCCCGAAGAGGCGAAGAAAUUGCAGGACUUGUACAAGGAGUACGAUUUCGGAUCAGACAUUGGACCUGAGGUGGCGCAACCCACACAACAAGCAUUCCCAACGCGCAGCCAGUUCUCUCCUCCCGUAAUUGUUUCACCAGUUGCACAGGAUGCUGAUGUCAGUGGAACGCCUAAAUUUGUACCUACAGACCCUGCAUCCACGCAACCAAUCUAUAUUGUGGAUAACGGUCGCGAAGAUCCACGAAAUGUUGUGAAUGCCGAGAUGUAUGUGGCAGAUGCUAUUGAAUACUUAGGGAAUCAGGAGAGCGUUCCAUCUGCUGGUGCUUUUGUUAUAGAAGAGGAAAUGCUGAGCAGCCAAGGCAGUAUGAAACGUCCACAGCAGCAGCAAAUACGCUUACCAUCUGGCGACCCCACAAGCCGUCAGUUCAAAACGAUGGAGGUAUUCGACCGAGUAGAGCAUGACGAGCACGAUGAUAUCACGUACGCGCCUGAAAUUCAAUCUGUCGAAAUACCGCCAGAUCAGAUGAGCGAAAACAGCGACAAUUUGCAAGAAUACUUUGAUCGUGCUGCUGCGGAAGGCAUGGAACCGCAUAGACUUCGGGAUCACAAACACACUUCACUGCAGAAGACACCUAUGGCGCAGGCGCCAUACAUUACUUCUGCAACUGCCCGAGCUCAAAGUGCAUCUUCAUUGGCUUCUGGGUCAAGCGCACGAAGCAAGAAUGAAGGAUACCCGAGGUUACGGAAACAGUCUUCACUGCUUUCCGUGUUGGGCGUUACUUCUAUGCAAGAGAUGCUGCUGACGAUUGACAGCCUUGACACAUUAUCGGACGCUAUGCGUAAAGCCGGAUUGGAAAACACGAACAUGAUUUUCGGAAUCGACUACACUGCCAGCAAUAAAUACCAAGGUGAGGACUCGUUUGGCGGACGAUCUCUGCACACUAUACAUCCAAGCGUCAAAAAUCCCUACCAGCAGGUAAUAACCAUUCUUGGUCGUACUCUCGCUCCUUUUGCCAGCACGGGUCGCAUCCCAGUAUUUGGCUUUGGUGACGCAAAAACUGGCGAUUGGAGUGUCUUUCCUUUGAAACAAAAUGGUGACUGCACAUCUCUUGAAGAAGUGCUUAAGAUAUAUAACGAAGUAACGCCAACUGUAGAUCUCAGUGGUCCUACAAAUUUUGCUCCCCUCAUAUACCAGGCAAUGGAGAUUUGUCAGUCUGCCAGUGAUUACCAUAUAUUGGUAAUAAUUGCUGACGGUCAAGUGACUAAUGAACGAGCGACCAGACGGGCAAUUGUGCAAGCAUGUCAAUAUCCGCUUUCGAUCAUCGUAGUUGGUGUCGGUGAUGGACCUUGGGAAAUGAUGAGGGUAUUUGAUGAAUCUUUGCCGAAACGCCCUUGGGAUAAUUUCCAUUUCGUUGAAUACCAUGAUAUUAUGCGACGGACUGUCGGAAAAGCCGAAGGGGAUGUGAAACUUGCUGUGCAAUCCCUGUUGGAGAUUCCGGAUCAGUACAGAAUCAUCUGCGAACUGGGACUUCUCAAAAAUCGAUCGAUUCCACCGCGAGGUUCCGAAAUUCGUAAAGAAAUGGCCCAUUAGCGAGCUUCAAAGAUCUGUUAACUUUUUGGUGCUCCAUAAUCUAUACAUGUUUGCUGCUCACAGUAAAUAUUACAUGCGAAAUUUAAAUUACGAUCAUUGUCAACUCCAAAGUCUUAACACUGCUUACCUACUUGAGAUAGAUCUUUUGAGUGGAGUAGAGUCAGAUCUGUUCGUAGUGAGUGUAAAUUUUUAUUCUUCAAUAAUAAAUUGCUAUAAAAAUGCUUCUCUUCUUUCUCACAGUAUUUGUACCUGAGUUGUAUAAACCUGUGGAUUAUUCACAAUUUGUUUCUCCACAUUUUUGAGUUCUGCUAGUGUCACACGCCUUCUAAUCUCAACUCUCAUUCUUGACCAGUGAUUAGCAACUUUGAUGUCAGC